AAGUUUGAAAGCACGUUAGUGAAUGGGAGAGCAGAGGCUGAGAGCCAAAUGGUUGUUUUAGGACUGGGCGGUGCUCUCUCUCUCUGCCCCAACACUCGACUGAUGUCCGACAGCUGACCCGUUCCGUCACUCCAAGGACUAGGCAGGGAAGUACCAAAGUUAUCCAAUAAACAUACAAAUGCGAUGCAAUUAACGAAGGACUCGGCGGAAAAGUAGGAGUUUACAGUUAUAUCCUAGGGGAAAAGCGCAGGAUUCUGAAUGAUAUGAGUUUGAUGGUUCCAAUGGAGCACAGGACGCAGAAGUUAAUGAGUUCGCCCAAGGGCUUCGUGGCUGUGUUCGAGAUACGCAGAACUCGUCCAAUACUUGUUCUACUAGUGCUGAUGUUGGUAGGGUUGGAUGAGGUCGGAGGACUCCGGACGUGUAGGAGGAAAACGGAAGCUGGUGGGCGGUCUGUGGAGUCCCUGAGCUCUGUGAAGCAUCAUCCUGUGACUGGAGCGUCACUGAGCCGCUCCAGACGCUACGCCAUCAACCCACUGGGACACAAGUGGAGGCAUUUCAACCUCACCUACAAGAUCGUGAAGUUUCCCAACACGCUGAACAAAGAUGACACCCGCCAGGCCAUCAGCAUUGCGUUCUCAAAGUGGAGCGACGUGUCCCCUCUCUACUUCGCCGAAAUCAAAAACCCCAACAAGAGUGCUGACAUUAUCAUCGGCUUCUACACGUGGAACCACACAGACUGCUGGUGGUCUCCAUUGCAUCCCUGUUUUGAUGGACUAAACGGGGAGUUGGCCCAUGCCUUCCUGCCCCCACGCGGGGAGAUCCACUUUGACAAUCAUGAGUUCUGGAUCCUGGGGAAGUCCCGCUUCAGCUGGAAACAAGGUGUGUGGUUAAAUGACCUGGUACAGGUGGCGGCUCAUGAGAUUGGGCACGCCCUGGGGCUGUGGCACUCCCGUGACCCCCAGGCCCUGAUGCACCCCAAUGCCACCUACACGGGCCAGAGGAACAUUGCCCAGGACGACAUCUGGGGAAUCCAGCGCCUCUAUGGAUGCACAGACAAGAAGCGCGUGUGUGAUCCAUGGGCUCGCCUUGGCUUCUGCGAAAGGAGGAAGAGCUUCAUGAAGAAACACUGUGCCCGACGAUGUGAUCUCUGCUAUGAGCCUCUUGAGGCCGUUACCACGCUAAGUCCACCGCCUGCCAACGUCAAGAUCAAGAUAGUUCCUCGUGGAAAGGUUGUGGGCUUCCGCUGUGGGACGAAGAAUCCUAGAUCGCCUCCCAAAGUCAGUUGGUACAAGGAUGGAGAGCAGCUCGUGAUCUCUAUACCCGGCUACAUCACCAUGAAGGACCGCGACCUCCGCGUCGUCGCCAACGAGUUUAACGAGGGCACUUAUACCUGUCGCGUCAAUCGUGGCGGCAACGUGGUCUCCGCAAACUCCUGGGUCAUCCGCCUGAACAACCCUCCAACAGCUGAGCAGAAUGAAGAGAGUGAGGGAAGAAUGAGAGCUGGGAAGGAAAGAAUGAGGCAUGGAGGAAAAGAGGACAAACCCACCGCAACAAUAUUAUAGGUGAACUCAGCAAUACAACAUCCUCAUACACAGCAUGGCGACUUCCUGCUUACUAAUAUUAAAUAUGCCAAGACUGCCACAUAUUGGACCUUAUUCACCCAGGGAUUGUGAGCUUUCAAAAUACAGCUUUGUGUGAUAAAAAAAACAUAACUUAAGGUUAACCUUGGAAUCAACAGAUAAUUGACCAAUGGAAACAACCCUCUAUUCUAGAGCCAAUAGUGUCAGUCUUAGCACAUCAAAAUUCUGUUGUUGAUGUCUGUAAACAGGAAGUUUCCCCGGUUUGAAGGAUGUCAUCAUAUGUCUGAGUCUAACUUUAAGCAGGCUGUACUCUGACAGUACUCUCUUGAAUCCAGGUCAUAAAUGGAAUAGAUCCCAGAACUCAACCUUGUCCUUAAUGAUGAAUGAAGUUUCAGACUUUAAGAUCUGGUCAGAAAAGACUAGCCUUGCUCACCCUUUAAACGUGAUGCCUUAUUUUUAUGCAGUUGUUGUAUUGAUACAUCUCACUUUGUUAAAAUGUCGAGUUGAUAUUUCUAUGUCCUGUGUCACUUAACAGUAUAGUAAUUUGUUUUGAGAUAAAGGGUGUAAAUGUGAUGCAGCUAUCACUGUGUGUACAGUGCUUAUGGAAAGUAUUCUCUCCCCUGUUUUCUUUUACUUGCCUUGCAUUUAGAGGGGGGAAAACAAUACAUUGGGAUUUAUUCACAACAACCUUUCAAAAAAGGUAUUUAUUUGUACCCCAGAGUAAAUACUUGGUGGAAGCACCUUUAGCAGCAGUUUGAACCACUUUUUGAAAAAGUCUCCAACUUUGCUGUCACACUACGGUCAGAUUUUGACGCAGAUUUAACUCAGAAUUGAUACUAAGCUAGGUCACUCGAGCCCCGUUUUAUACCUGGUUCUAACAUGCAUCCCGAUCUUGUCCACGUUCUGAUUGUGCCCUCAUUUUCAGACGAGUUUAUACGGCCUUAUCUGUCCACCUUGUCUGCAUUGUGACCUGUUUUCUUGUCGUCCCCCCCCAUGCAAGUUAUUUGAUGAAUAAUCUUUCAAAAUAAUAUAUAUUUCUGUUAAGACACAUGUCAAUGAUUUCAGACGGCGGUUACACCACCAACUGUGGACACAAUCAGGAUGUGGAAAAGGGGCUCGAUUCGAUCCGUAGAGCUGAAGAUCCGAACUACAAUGCUAUUUUAAAUUUAAAGACAAUGUUCCCGCGUUUGCAGAGACCGCAUUCACGGUAAACGCUGCAUAUGUUGGCUCAGUUGGAAGUUACCUUUAAAUGUAAAUAGUGCUGUAACGUGGAUCUUCAGCACUAGAUCAGGACAAAUGUUAGAACUGGGUAAAAACAGGGUUUCAGAGACAUUGAACAUCUUGGCAAAUCACUCCAGUGCAGCAUAGGUCUUAUUUUGGGUUAUUGUCCUGGCGAAAUGUCAACGUCGUGUCAGGUGUUCAACAGACUGUUUUACGUGUCCUUUGCACCAUUUUUCUUUUGACCCUUCUAGUAUUGGAGUGACUGCAAUGUUGAUCUUUCCCCCCCAUCCGAACCAAGAAACUAUUCUACAAUCACCAUGGUCUCACCUUGCAUUGCAUUACCUUC